GCUAAAUUGAUCCAAUUUCGCUGGCCGUGUUCUAAUCAACCGAAAUUGCUUCGUCCAUCAUAUCGGCCCUUAAAAAGAUAGCCGCUUCUCUAACACUUGUGUGCGUUUGUGUGUGGCCCCGACGACAAAGUUGCAUUUUGUGGACUCCGCUCCGGGCAGCGCUCGUCAUCGUAUUUCAAACCGAACUCGGCGGUGCAGCAGCGGCGCGGCGCGGCGACGGAUUUGCAUCGCAAACCGGACCGCAACUUGGCACGCUCGUCAUACACGCGUUGCAAUCGUCGCAUAUCUUGGGCCGGUCGUUUGCGAAGGGGUGAAAAAUAUGACAACGAUGCAUUUUACCCGUCACUUGCUGCAGCAGUGCAACAAUGUUAGAGGACCGGUGGCGUUCUACAGCACGGCAACGGCCGGCAGUCAGAAAUUGCGGCAUAUCAUCCAAGACCAACUGAACGGUAUCCGCGAAGCGGGGACAUACAAAAGCGAACGAAUCAUUACAACCCCGCAGGCAACGGCCAUCGGCGUGGAGGGAAGUUCCGGCAAGAUUCUCAACUUUUGCGCCAACAACUAUCUGGGACUUUCGGCCAAUAGCGAUGUCAUCGAUUACGGUAAGAAAGCACUGGACGAGUAUGGGGCCGGUUUAAGCUCGGUACGGUUUAUCUGCGGCACUCAGGACAUUCACAAACAGCUCGAGAACAAACUGACCGCGUUUCACCGGCGCGAGGAUACGAUCCUGUACGCUUCCUGCUUCGAUGCCAACGCCGGCUUGUUCGAGGCUGUCCUCACGCCGGAAGAUGCCGUGUUCUCCGAUGAACUCAAUCACGCGUCCAUCAUCGACGGGAUACGGUUGUGCAAGGCGAAGAAAGCACGCUACCUACACCGUAAUAUGGCCGACCUGGAGGAGAAGCUUCGUACGACCGAUGCCCGGCUCAAGAUGAUCGUCACCGACGGUGUGUUCUCGAUGGACGGGAAUGUGGCUCCGCUGCCGGAGAUAUUCGAACUGGCCGACCGCUACGGAGCGAUCACCUUCGUGGACGAUUGUCACGCAACCGGUUUCUUCGGUCCAACCGGCCGAGGAACGGAGGAGUUUUACGGAAUGCUCGGUCGGUGCGACAUCAUCAACUCGACCCUUGGGAAAGCGUUGGGUGGAGCGGCCGGCGGCUAUACAACGGGACCGCGGGAACUGAUCGACUUGCUGCGGCAACGAUCGCGACCGUAUCUCUUCUCCAACUCACUGCCACCGCCGGUUGUCGGCAGCGCUUACAAAGUCCUCGACAUGUUGAUGUCCUCCAGUGCGCUCACGGUGAAAGUGCAGAGCAAUACGCGACGCUUUAGGGACGCCAUGACAAAAGCCGGUUUCACCAUCUCCGGCAUGGACCACCCAAUCAGUCCGGUGAUGCUCGGGGACGCACGGUUGGCUUCGACGUUUGCGGAUGAGAUGCUCAAGCGCGGCAUUUACGUUAUCGGGUUCAGCUAUCCGGUUGUCCCGAAAGGAAAGGCUCGUAUUCGCGUGCAGCUAUCGGCGGCUCACACGGAGGAGGAAAUCGAUCGGGCGGUAGCCGCCUUCAUCGAAGUGGGCAAAAAAUUGGGUGUCGUUUCGUAAGCAAUUCGUAUCCGAUCACGGAACUCUAGAGAGGGUUGCAGUGUUAUGCAGUGUUUCAAAAACAAUAUCUCUUUUUUAUUGGCAUUAAGCGGUAAUGAAAAAAUAAAACAAAAUCUUCGAAUUAA